AGAAAAGCACUGAAAUAAUCCAUAGGAAUCGAGAAAAAGGAAACUUAGAUGGAGCUAAAGGGAAAAUCAACCGAACACAACCCAAUAAAAAGUUUUGUAAGGAUGAACGGAGCGAGGGGUUUGCAGGUGCACGUGACGUUCGACUGCAAGGUAGAUCUGUUGGCGAGAAAAAAAUAAAUAGAUUACAAUCAAAAGAUGUGUAUCUAGCAAAAGAAAAUGGUAAAGUGAGUGACAAAAUUGUGCUGGCGCUAGAGAGGGCCAUCAACUACCAUCAAAUUGAUCAAAUUGCUGAUGCGCGAAAUGCUCUAAGAUUUCUUUUCGUAGUAUUGUUAAAUAUUCAGCUACAGGAUCUUGAGGUGCCAAACGAGGAUGGCUGGCUAUGGGAAGUUUUAGCUUGGGGAAAGGAGCUUUUUCUCGAGGGUGGCGUCAGUUGCUCAAUCAAACACGGAACGUUACUGUUAGAUUCAAGUUAUGUCGGGCAAAAAUACCUUCAGGAGAAAAUCAGAAGUUCUCCGAUCAAUAAAGUAUCCUCACCCAAUGACUCAAGCAUCCGUGUGGAAGAGUUUUACCUGAGCGUAUUAAACGUUCUGGGGACGUUCGCAUUGUUAAUCUCAGAGCUUGAAAUUGCUCAUGAAACAUUUCAACUGCUGGUAGAUUUUCAUCAUCAAUUAGCCACCUCUAAUUCCCCUUUACAAGACCUAGGAGCUGCUUACAACAACAAAGGAUGUAUUUCACUUGUUAAAGGAGAUUUUUGCCUGGCAACUGAAGAAUUUAAGAAAUCAUUGAGCUAUGUAGAAUCCAGAAAGCUACGACAACUUGAACGUUUGUCCACGGAUACCGAGUCUGUUGCAGUGUCUAGCAACAUUAGCCGCUUGCAUUUGAUAUCUAGGAAUUUUAAUGAAGCCCUCGAACUACAAGAACAGCUAGAGAAUGAUUGUGAAGCUAGAGAGAUUAACGAAUUACCUUUUCAAACUAUAUUUAUGAUGAUGAAUAAUCGAGUGGUUUUGUACACUUCUCUCGGUAACUUUAACAAAGCCGAAAAAGCUUUAAGACGCCUGAAAUCCUACUGCAAUAGGAUGGAGAGAGAGGACUGUAAUAGCCUUCUCAAUUUUGUUCGUCUACAUCUUUCUGAAGCACUACUCCUACAAGGAAAAACCAGGGAGGCCGAGGAGGAAUUUAGCCUUAAGAAAUUAUCUUCUACCUCCUUCACAGAUCUAGUUGACAUGUUUGGAAGCCUUUACAUGAAUGUAAGAAUUGAGGCACUUGAAAAGUUAGCAGAGGUAUUUGUCCGUAGAGGACAAAUCCAAAUUGCCCUGAGUCUAUUAGAAAAAACUGUGGAAAUCAUCGAAACAAGUUUUGGAUCUGGCCAUUUAAACCUUGCCUCGCUGUUGUUCAAGCAAGGUUCUAUUUUGAGCCUCACAGGAGACUUAAUAAGUGCUGCUGGGAAAUUCAAAUCCUCGGCUGACAUAUUGCAAAUGAUUUUUGGCCAGAGAAAUCCUCUCCUCAUCAAAUGCUACAUGUCUCUUGGUGAGCUGAAGUCGAGACUGGAGCACAAAGAAGAAUCACACCUUUACUUUCAGAGAGCUGUUAAGAGCUUAGAGGUCCUGUACCAAGUUUCAUUUGAAAAUGAAUUGUCCACAACGUACAUGGAGAUUACGAAAAAGCUAAAAGAGUCCUCAAGAAGCGAAGUGUCGGAAAUGAUGAUAGAAGGUCUGGUUGCUGAGCAUGGACAAGCAUUGGCCGUGUUACUCCGAGAAAACAACCCUCAAGAAGAAACCUUGAGAAGAUCUAAGACAGGCAAGAAACUGGUUUCUGGAGAAAGACUGGGAAAUGAAUGUUUGGACUCAAAAAUAAUGAUUUCUCAGAAAUAUGCUAUUGACUUUUUGCAGACUGGACAGAAACUGCUCCGGCAGGGAAUGAAAGAGGAAGCUGCUGCCUUUUUCGAGCAAGCAGGGGCGCAUUGUGAAGACCAUCGUUCAAAAGAGGGUCAUUUAAACGCAGAGCUAGUUCGGAUGCAUAGCUUACUCCUACAGAAACAUUCUGGUGAAUUGACAGCCGAUCAAGAUGUGAACAACACUUUAGAAGAGCUUAGCAAAGAAAUCGAGGAAAAUGAAAAAUGGAGUAAAGUCAAAGAAACCACAAGAGAAGUAACAACCGCAGAGUUUGACCAUCAAUUCAACCUGAAGCUGUUUUUAAUUUUCCUCAUCAUGAUGUCUAUUGAAUUGAAAGAGAUUGACACAACCUUUGCAGCAUACGACCUGUAUACAAAACUUUCACCCUACGAAACCGAGUUUCAUUUUCUGCUCAAUGACGGCAUUCAAGUUUUUGCUUCGAAAACUUUAGUAACUUGCAAUGGGAAGACUGCAUUCCAAGAUGUUCUGGUUUCCUCAACAAUUGGCCCGGAUGAAAGCAUCGCUGAAUGCCCUACUCCUGAGGAACAGGUUUUUAGAAGUUUGUCCUACAAGACGAAUACCUCGUCGAAUGGGUUUCUGGCUGCCUGCAGCUCACCUGUCAUUCUUGAUAUCGAUGAACUUUUGGUAUUAAAGAGGAGUGUCUCACUUGCAUUCAAAGAAUGUUUUCAGCUAAAGCGUUUUGAAAGUGAACACGAAGAUGUUGGGACUCAAAUAAUUGUUGACCUAACCUCAACAACAAUGUAUGGCCACUGUAGCAUCACGUCAUAUGGCAGUCGUAUUGAGCUCCUUCCUCUUUGUUUGACGGAAGAUUUUCAAGUCGGAAUUUCGCAAGAACAAAGCAUUUUUGAGAUUCAAACCUCAAUGUGGCAAGACACUAAGUGCAUGAUCUUUGCAGAUGAGCAAACGAGCAGUUACAUGUUUAAAACUACUGUUUUAAACCUUCUUCAGGAAUGCCGCUCCGACAAAACAUUAACACUAGCGAUACAUAGUCACAGCAUAUCUGUAGCGAUUCGUCAACCAGUGAAAGCGCGUUUGACGUUAUCACAUGACAAGAGGUCGAUUAAGCAAAGAAUCAAGUUCGUAGCAACAGCAACAGCGAAAAAGACAGCAACAGCUCUUGGGAUCAAAGGAUGCGAUACUCAAAAGUACUUUGAAGCCUCAUGCCCUAAAAGUGUGGCCGAUGUGUUAUCUUGGCCGGGCAUCGAUACCUCUGCAAAGAAAUAUCAAGUUGCUUACCGAUCAGGAAUUCACCUAGAGGACCCCUUGGAUGACCCAGUUGCAGAAAACAAUAAAGUUCCGCCGGAACUCAAGAGCUCAGAGAACGAUUCAAAAAGCAGCCUCAAAAACAGUGUUCUACAGUGCCUUAUUGAAGUCGAUGAGUUAUCUCGAUUGCUUGAUGAAGAGCCAUCUCCAGUUCAAGAUGAUGACAAUGUAAGUCUGGGUUCAAUUGGAGAUGACAAAAGAUUCAAAGAUACUGUGUCUCAAACUCAGACAGGCCAGGAACUCAUUCCUAGAAAAGAUAACGAUGUUAGUUUAGUGGACCUAAAUGGAGGACAAUCUACUUUUCUCGGAGGUCAGUUAUACCAGGAUCCUAUCUCUGAAAAUUCGCAGCAAUCAGAAACAACAUCAGGGGAUGGCUCCCAAAGCCACUGUCCAACUUUGAAGGCUCCAGGUUGUGCCCUAAUUGAGUCGAGCUUGCAGACGCAUGAAGAAAAUUUCACGCAAAGAGCAGAAGACAGCGACGAAACCUGCAUGGGUAAGCUCUUGUUUGAAAGUGAUAGAAAAUCGAGACGCUCAUUAAUGGCUGAAUUUCAGAGAAGUUUGAACAAAAGAAAGUCGAAAUUUAAAGAGAGUUCCUUCAACUUUGAACAAAAUGGUGAUGAAGUGUCGAUCGAUUCAAACAGGCCAUACACAAGUUGUAUGUUCAGUCUUAAAGAAAGCCAAAAAACCAAUGAUGGUAUUGUCGUUUAUAUCGGAAUUCCGCACUUUCAACAUCAAGCCAAAGAAAAAAACCAAAGUUCCAAGUUCUAUUCGGAAAGGGAGUGUGACUCCUUCGAAGCAAUUGAAGUAGCAAAAACCGAUGAAGGCGCACCGACGGUACCUAAACUUAUUAAAGAUCCAGAAUCACCAGCUCCGUCAAUAAGUAAUACACAACACCUCACCAGUCUUAAAAUACUAUCAAAAAGUAAGCGUCUGAAAGAUGGAGACAGUUCUUUAAAAGAUGAAGAAUCAAGAGUCAUUAAUGAAAAUUUUAAAGCUAUCGAUGAGAGCGAAACCACCGGAAGCCAAAAGUAUUCAGUCAAUUACUUGGUUUUAGAAGACACUGACGUUGUGGAUGGACCCUUGAGGUCAUGCGAUUUUGAACGAGAGAGCUCCAACGGACAAGAAAGGUUUGGGAAGCAUUACUUGCCUAGCUCCUCAAAAGCAUCCCCAGUUAUGAAGCCAGUUUGCCACGACGCUUCUUUUCGAUACCCUUACCAAGAUGAUGGUACCUUCAGUACUUUGAGGCUUCCAAACGUUCAAGCUGAGGAACGAAGCCGAGAAUCGACGCAUGCCUUGGACACCGACUGCGAGGCACAAAGAAAACAAAUUGAGAGAGAUUGGUUGUCGGGAGCUCAUUCCUUUAUCAAUUCACAAGACUCUUCAAAUCCAGAAGAACAACUAAAAUCUAAGCUGUUGGAAAACGAAAAAAAUAACUCAUCUGAAAGGUCUCUACAAAAUGACUUCCUCAUUCACUCGAAUCAUGGUAUUCAAGACUCUGAUGAGAAUGAAACUAAUGAAAGUUUUAGAACAAAGGCUAGUGAAAUCCACGUGAUUGGAAAAUCGAUAGGUGCAUUCGAUUUUUCUAGAAAAACACAAGAAAACUAUAUGGAAGACACUACGAUGGCCUAUGAACCCGAACCGAAAUCUGAGGAUAUCUUAGAAGCUAAUCAAAGCCAUCCACCUAUGACAUCCUCAGAUAGCUUUCAAGCAAAACGCAUACAACUCAGUCCUUUUGAGGAAGCAAGAAGAAAAACGAUUCCCAGUUUCUCUGAAGGGGAAAGAAGACACAGGCUAGAAGAUACCGUAAAGAUCAAAGGGAAUGGCUAUUUUAAUCUCUACCCUCCCUUAGAUUUAAAGAAAGGAACAGUAUUCUCGUCAUUUUCUGACCAUGUUUCACCAGAUGGACCCAUCAAUGGAAGUUUUCGCAAGGACCAAAGCAACUCUGAUGCUACAUUCAUUUUAAACGCCACAGAUAAAGUCGAUGGGUCAUGUGAACUUGAAUCAGAUAUUUUAAACGGACCAGACGAGAGAGUUAGACCUUCUUUGUAUUGCUCCUCUGGAGCAAUCAAGGAUCGACAGAGGAGAAUACCUAACAUAAUGUCUUACGAUAAAACUUCUUUUACCUCAAUUUACCAAGGUGGCGAUGUCAUUGAAAGCGAAAAGGCAUCCUUAGGAAGGAUCAAGGAUAAUUUUGACGAAAGGAUUAUCGCAAACGAGCCCAUCCCAAAUUGCAGUGAAAAGAUAUCUCAAGGCUUUCCUUCCAGAGCUUUCUCUUGCAAACCUGAAGAUGUUUUAAAGGAAGAGGCGAUAGCACCUGUUACAUACAAUGAUCAUGGGGGAGCAAGGCCAAAACGAAAAUUAAAUGACUCGAGGAAAGGUAUGAUUAUCCCCACAAAGACUAAUUCAAGGUCAUAUCCUAUUUUUGUAGCGCGUCACAUUAACGAUGAUAGAAAUCCGGAUUUCUGUAUCAAUGCUGGUAACUGUGAUCAUGCUUCAGUUGAAGGUCAUCAGCAGGACGAUCACAACCAAUAUUUCCUUUUAUCUACAGAUCAUGGAAGUUUCUCCUUCGGAGAAAAAGAUGCAUCUUGCGAAGAAGGAUAUACUCAAUCAUGCCAUGUCUCUGAUGAGGGUAGGAUAAGUUGCUCUCAGAGAGACCUCUUUGUGACAAAAAACCGUUUCAUACCUCAGUCAUCGCCUUUGAGUCAAACAGAACGCCCUGGUUUGUCAUCUCGCGUGUGUGAUGAAAAUUUGUCACUGCUGCCGUCAAGGCGAUAUUGUGUUGACGAGGGGGACCCUGUAAUUCCUGAGCCCAAGUCAUCAUUUAAUAGCCCUUAUUCACGAGAUGCUGUCAAUAGUGUGAAAUCGACGAUGAACAAAUAUGACAGUAGUACGAAAAACAUUGACUGUGGACUUACCCAAAUUUCCACAAGUGCUGAGGAUGAGGUUUCAUUGAUAGAGCAUUCUUCAGGUUCUCUUCUUGGAUCUUUGCAACAAAUAAUGGCCCAAACUGUCCAGCUUGUUGCGUCAAGCGUCACUCCCGCAAACAAGGCUCAAUGCACACUCCAGUCAGUCGAAAAGGUGGGCAUACAAGAAAAUGCACGAAAUUUUAGAGAACAAGAGGUAUCCAUUCCAUCACCUAUCAACGAAUCAAGUAAUCAAGAGGUCUUUACGCAAGUCAAUGAGUCCACUUUAGGAGCUGAUCGUGAGCAACAAUCCAUAGCCACACCUGUACAGGAGACUCCACGCCCUGUUUGCAGUCAUUAUCAACGCCGAUGCUUGGUCCGGUUUCCCUGCUGUGGAAAGUUCUUCCCUUGCCAUCGUUGCCACAACGAGUCUGAUUGUACUGAGGAUCAGGCAAGAGCAAUCAAUGCCACACAUAUACGCUGUACUAUCUGCUACAACGAACAAGUGAUCGAUGAAAAUAGCCAGAGGUGCGGCUCCUGCAACUCGAAAAUGUCUGAAUAUUUCUGUGCAACAUGUAAACACUUCACGUCGGUUGACAAGAAUCCUUUCCAUUGCACGAAGUGUGGGAUCUGCAGAAUCCAUAGCGACAGAUCCUUCCACUGUGAUGUUUGUAACGUAUGCCUGGACAAACGUCUUGAAGGAAAACAUAAGUGCAGACCUGAUUCGGGACACGAUGAAUGCUGCAUUUGUCUGGAGGAUGCCUUCAGUGGCUGUCAAAUUCUACCCUGCUCUCACAAGGUUCACAAAGACUGUGCAAUUGCAAUGAUACAAAAUGGGGUCCGAACGUGCCCGAUAUGCCGACAUCCGUUGUUCGGCCAACUUCAAACUAGUCCUCAGUAACAAUUU